AUGGUCGUCAGAUAUUAUAUCUGCCUCAAGAAGAGGGAAGACGUCACGCUCGAAUAUUUCUAUCACUACUACGAGCAUGUCCACGGCAAGAUGUUUUUGGACGAGGUGCCCGAGGCCAAGGAAAACCUCAUCAAAUACGAACAGCAUCACCUAAAAGAGUCCCGAAAAGCGCGCGAGAUGGCGGUCGCAGCCGGACGGAAAAUCACCUGCGACUACGACGCAAUGAGCGUUAUGACGGUCGCGACGAUGGACAAUUUGUUGAAGAUUAUGACGUCCAAGCCUAUGCUGGAGAAGGUGUUGCCGGACAACGACGUCUACGUGGGGAGCAUGGAGACGUUCAUCGUGGAUGAGUCGGAUAAGAAGACGUUGUUUUCGAGCCAGUGA